UCUGCUUUUUCUGGCUUUUCUUUCGUCCUACUCAUUACCCCCACUCUUCAUGGCAUCAUUUAGCAACCAACCAUUCCUUGUGACCUCUUUUAUGAUACUCUCUCACCAACUCGUGUUCGCUUAUUACUCCUUUCAUUAUUUUCUCAAAGUAAUUACUUCAUUUCCCAUUUAGCUGCUGCAUCACCAUGCUCACUAAAGCUUUCUCUAGCCACUGAUUACUCAAACCACUUUCCUACUUAGUUUGGUCUGCAAGGAAAGUGUUUUCUUGAAGGACAUUCUUUUCUUCUGUGGCCAAAACCAUUGUUUUCAUGCUGUUAUUCAAGAGAUUUUCAUGAUUGGAUUGGAGGUUUCUUACCAAAAUUUUUCAGGCCUCGGCGCUGAAAAUUAGUAUGUGAUAUAUUAUUGUCUUGGAAGAGGGCUGCACAGAACAGUUUUACAAUUUUGGAAGAAGAUGGCUGAAAGGAAAUUGAAUAUAAAUGCCCCUCUUAUGUCUGUGAGACGCUCUUCUGCUACUUCACCAUCCUUAACUGAAGCAAAGAAGAAGAUAUUGGAGAAACGCCACACUCUUCCAUACUACAAUUCAGACAAGUCCUUGGAUCAGGUAACAAAACCUGUUGCAGUUCCUUUCAAUUGGGAGCAUAUCCCAGGAAAACGCAAGGGUAAUGGUGGAUCUGAACCUCAACCUCCAAAGGAGGCUCCAAUUACUCCAAGCCCAAGGCUUCCCCCUGGAAAAUCUAUCAGGGCUACCAAACAGCCUUUGGAAAAGGAACGUAAAUUUGCAAAUAAAUUUAGGUCCUCAAAUAAAUCAAAGUCUUUAAAUAAAACUGUGGUUAAAGUAGAUUGUGAUAGAGAAAGAAAAGCUGAUAAAAAAGUUGAGCAAAGAAGAUCCAAUGUGGAGGAGGAUGAAGAGGAGGAGGAUGUUUAUUCCGAUGCCCUUGAAACACUGUCACCUACAGAAUCAUUCUCCAUGAACUGUAGUGUAAGUGGUGUAAGCGGGUUAGAUACUUUUGAUGCAAAGAAAUCUGGAACCUUUUCUACAGAUCAACAAACUAGAGACUUCAUGAUGAGUCGCUUCUUGCCUGCUGCUAAGGCUAUGACUUUACAGCCUCCUCAAUAUUCUUCAAAAAAGCAAUCUGUACUAGUAGAACAACAACCUAGAGAUGUUAACAAAUUGAUUCGCAUGGAAAAGAAGCCCUUGCUUGACAAUCAUACCACAGCUAUUAUACCAUAUACUGGCAAAUGUCAAGAGGAAGAAGAAAAUGAAGAUGAAGGUGAUCAUUAUGAUUAUGAUGACAACAACUCUGCUAAUAUCUCAGCUAAAGGUUGCGGGUUGUUACCCCAUUUACAUAUUAGGAACUCAUUGUGCUUAUUAAAUCCUAUGGCUGGGAUGAAAAUGAAGAGCCAGGUUCCCUUGUCUUCUGCCUGUGAGGUUAGGAAACCUAACAAAAGCUCUCAUGUUAGAUCUUUUAGCCCAGUUCCAGCUGUAAAGAAGGCUUGGGAUGCAAUUCACAAGAAUAAAUCAAGCUCUAGAGCUUCAUCACCUGAACUGCAAGAGGGUAGGAAAAAAUGGAGUAGUGAAUCAAACAGGUUUACUUACUCAGGUGAGUUAUCUCCCUUCUGUCGUUUAAGAGCUGCUGCAGCUGGUGUAUCUCCAUGUCGAAGCAAACCUCAAUCUCCCUUUCGCGGAGCAAAGUUGCUUUGUGAUUCUAAACAGGUUGAGAAUAAUCUAUCUGGCAAGUUGAAAUUCCACAGCACUGAACUUGGAAAUAUUCAGGAGGUGCUAUCUAAAGGAGCCAAAAGAAAUUCGUAUUCAGGAAGCCUCACAAUUGAAAAGACAUUGUACAUUGAUACUGCAAGUACAGUCAAAUUACCAUCUUCAAAUUUAACUUGUGUAGAUAACAAACGGAGGAUAGAUACUGUGGUUGAAGAAUUAGACAAGAGAAGGGGGAAAGAAAGUGAUUCCACCAUAGCAUCUUCUCAAGAUAUAAAACAUGCACAAGCUUUGGAAGAAAAGGACACAUUGGAUUCUAAAGUGUUAAGUUCAAUGGAUGCAAAUUCAACUUUGUCUAGUAUGUUACAUCUCAUGCCCAAAGAAGAUAAAGAUGAAGAAUUGACAACUGAUCAAGAUAUUAACCAAGAAUCCGCGUCCUUGCAACUUGUGCAAGGGACAUUUUCUGAAGAUUCAAAGAUAAACAACCAGCAGAUUGUGUUAGCUAAUGCUCCAGCAAAAGGUGGUGGUGAAUCUGCUGUGUCUCUUCUUCCCCCACCAUUGCCAAAAUCACCUUCUGAGUCCUGGCUUUGGCGUGCCCUGCCUUUAGUUUCCUUCAAGAAUUCAAAUCAUGGGACUCAAUCCCAUGCUAAAAGGCAUGAUUCGAAUACAACAUCCGGCAAUAUCAAGUGGGAAACAAUAGUGAAAACUUCGAAUUUGCAUCAUGAUCAUGUACGCUAUUCUCAGGAACUAACCACGCAUAAAUCUGAGCAUUCAAAAUCUUAGAGAUGGAAUUCAGUGACUUUACAUUCAUGUCAUGGUCCAAGCUUUUCGUGUCCUCUUUUUUAAUCACGCUUUUGAGAGAUAUCAAAAUCAUUUUUGGUGAUCAUCAAAAGGAAAGCUUCUUUUGGACUUGUGGCACUUUCGGUGGAUUCAAGAUUUCUUUACCUGGCCUAGAGAAGUGUGUAUCUGCCAGUAUUGUGUGCCUUUCGUUAUGUUAUGUUAAGUCUUCGCUUCUUACUGCUUGGUAAGAGGAAUGAUCCUAUAAGUUCCCAAAUCUGGUGCAAAAUCUUCACUUUUCAGGGAUCAGCAUUUUUGUUUAUGUCACUGACAUGAGUGAUUACUGUCAUUCGUGCUUAUUGAUUAUUUCCUUUCUUAUACUCAUAAAAAAAACAUUUCUUCAAAGCAUUUUAGUCUGUUUUUUCUUUGCACUUUCAGAAGCUUAUGUCCAAGUAUGUAAAACAGAUUAAUUCUGAACUGAGAUGAAUUUCAAGUUCUCAUGCAUUUGGAGUAUUUCUUGUCUGAUGUUAAUAGUAAACCUAGCACAGCAACAGGACAAAGUAUUUGUCAUCAAUUGCAGCCUAGAUAUGUUUGUAACCUAUAU